CAACUGUUCCUGUAAUACCGUUGUAAAUGAAACAUUCGACAAUCGAAUUAGCAACUCGAAUAAGCAGAGCCCUGAUCACUGCUUCCAAUCAUUCAAUUCCACCUCGAACAUGGACUCCAGUGCUCGAACAAACCCUUCACGGGAUCGGUUGCCGGAACUCGCUCAACUCAGCACUCGUUUCCCGAGUCAUCGACCCCUUCCUCAUCCAUCACCACUCACUCGCACUCGGUUUCUUCGACUGGGCCUCUCAGCAACCAGGUUUCACUCACACUUCACUCUCCUAUCAAUCCAUACUCAAAUCCCUCUCAAUUUCCCGCCAACUUACCGCCAUUGAUAGACUCAUGAAGCAAAUCAAGAGUUUAAAAAUUCAACUUAAUGGUUCGGUUUACCGUUCGGUUAUUGCUUCAUAUAUAGCUGGUCAAAAGCCGCUGCACGCUUUUUCGGUGUAUAUGGAUGUUAUUGCAUUACAUAAAUCGUUGGUUUAUGACAUUGGUGAUGAUACCCAUAAUUCUUUAUUGGGGUGUUUGUCUUCUGCUGGGAAUUUGGGUCAUGCACACCAAGUGUUUGAUGAAAUGCUCAGCCGAGGUGUUCGGUUAAGUACGCUUGGGUUCGGUGUGUUUUUAUGGAGGUAUUGUGGGACUGUUGAGUUGGAUAACACUUUAAAGUUGGUUGAUGAUGUUAAGAGGCAGGAUCGGGGUGUGAACGGGUCGAUAGUUGCGCUUUUGGUUGUUCAUGGGUUGUGUUCGGCGAGCAGGGUGCAUGAGGCUAUGUAUGUAUUGGAUGUGUUGAGGAGAAUGGAUUGUAAACCUGAUUUUAUGGCGUAUAGAGUUGUUGCGGAAGCGCUACGAGCAAAUGGAGACGUGGCUAAUGUGGAGCAAGUGUUGAAGAUGAAGAGAAAGCUUGGAGUUGCACCGCGAUCGAGUGAUUAUAGAGACUUCAUAUUUCAGUUGAUUUCGGAGAGACUUAUUUGUGAAGCUAAAGAUUUGGGUGAAGUUAUCGUUACAGGAAAUUUCCCAAUAGAGGACGAUGUUCUCAACGCACUAAUAGGAUCGGUUUCUUCAGAGGACCCUUGUUCCGCGUUAAUGUUCUUUAAAUUCUUGAUAGCAAAAGAAAGAUUUCCCACUCUUCUUACAUUCAGCAAUUUGGGUAGAAAUUUGUGUAAACAUGGACGUUACGAUGAACUGAUAGAAGUUUCGAACAUCUUAUCUGCAAAAGAGUAUUUCGUAGACAUCGAGAGAUACAACGUGAUGGUUUCGUUCUUUUGCAAGGCGGGUAAAGUGAGAGAAGCUUAUCAACUUCUUCAAGAAAUGAAGAAAAAAGGGUUGGGUCCGGAUAUUUCGUCUUACAAUUACGUUAUGGAAGCUUGUUGUAAAGAAGAUAUGAUACGUCCUGCAAAACGGUUGUGGGAUGAAAUGUUUGCAAAUGGGUGUGAACCCAAUUUGAUGACUUACAACAUUUUAAUCACAAAAUUUUUAGACGUAGGUCAAGUGAAAGAAGCGCAUACGCUAUUGUGUCACAUGUUGGAAAGAGGUCUGCGACCCGAUGCAACGACGUAUGAUUUGUUAAUUAAAGGUUUCUGCCAAGAAGAUCAACUGGAAACUGCUAUUGAAGUUUUUAAAAAGGCUUUUGAACAAGAUUUAGAGAUUGCAAAGACUAUAUUGGAAAAGUUCAUCCUUUAUCUUUGUAAAAAAGGUCAAUUUGUUGCUGCUUCAGACCUGGUUCAUGAUUACACAUCUACGAUCGGAAAGUCAAAGUCAAACAUGAUCUUGCUAAAUGAGGUUCGUGCAGAGCUUUUGUUAUCACUUUCAUCUUCAUCAAAGCCACAGAUGAUUUUAGAAAUGAUUCAAGUGAUUGAUAAUCAUGUAGUCUCUAAAAACUCUUCCCAAAGAUGAACUAAUUACAAGGCCUCAAGUUUUUUUAUUUUUAUUUAUUGUAGUGUAAAGGAAAAAUAAAAUGAGUAAAUUAUUUUAUCUAUGCUUCUUUGUAAAAUGGCAUUACAUGUCAAAACUAUCAUUUAUGUGGGUAUAGGUCGAAAUGAUUGUUCGUAAACUUCUUUUUGUCUGGUUUUAA